CGGAGCGCGCCGCACCGCCCCGCGCCGCGCGUGACCCGGCGGCGCCGCUCGCCGCGCUCCCGGCUCCGCAAUGCCGCUUCUCAGCGUGCCCAAAGAGGUGGCCGUCGGGACGGCGAUGCUGGGGGUCGCCUUUGCCACGGGUAUGCUUGCAGGUAAAAGAUACCCUUCUUUCAUUUUUGGGACCCCGAGUGGUAUGAUGGGGAAAAAUAGUCCUCUCCGGCAAUACAUCCUGGAUCACUCUUUGCGGGAACAUCCAAUUCUAAAGAAGCUGCGUCUGCUCACUGCUGAUCAUCCCCAGGGCAGAAUGAUGGUGUCGUGUGAGCAGGCUCAGCUUAUGGCAAAUUUGCUCAAACUCAUUAAAGCCAAGAAAGUUAUUGAAAUAGGUGUGUUCACAGGUUAUAAUGCCUUGAGUAUGGCACUUGUCCUGCCAGAUAAUGGCCAAGUUAUUGCCUGUGAUGUAAAUGAGGACUAUGCCAAAAUUGGAAGGCCACUGUGGAAGGAGGCAGGAGUAGAGCAUAAAAUUGACCUGCGGAUUAAGCCAGCAAUUCAAACACUUGAUGAACUGUUGGCCAGUGGAGAAGCGGAAACCUUUGACUUUGCUUUCAUUGAUGCCGAUAAAGAAAGCUACAACGAGUACUAUGAAAAAUGUUUGCGCCUCAUAAAGAAAGGGGGAAUAAUAGCUAUUGAUAAUGUCUUUUGGAAUGGAAAGGUGCUAAAACCAAGGAAGGAUGACUUGGCAGCGCAGAGCAUCCACCGCCUCAAUGAGAAGCUUCUCCGAGAUGCACGUGUCAAUAUCAGCAUGCUCCCAGUGGGAGAUGGAGUCACAUUAGCAUUCAAGUUGUAACUCAAGGAAGCCCAGCAGAUGGGAAAUAUCAAUCAAAUCAUCAGGAAAAAUGGAUGUGGAACAGUAUCAAAAAUUGAAUUUAACCUCUAUCUCCACUGGAUAGCAUAGCCCUGGGAAAGACUUCAGAAGCAGCUGGAUCCUAAGGGCAGCUAAGUAGAGAAGAGAGAUUUAUUCUGAGAUCUACUAUGGUUUCUUACUUUAAUUAUAAUAAAGGAAAUAAACUUA